AUGCCCCGUCUCCGCAGAUACCGUGUAUUCCUGGUGUUUGCCGUUGUCAGCAUCAUUGCUUUCAUCCGGUUUACUGGAAUCCGAGAAUGGCGGCCUCCGAACCAAAAUUACCACCCGACAGCGGAACAAAAGGCACCUGCACCUCCAGCAGCACCUCCGCCGCAGCCGCCCGAUCGCAAGGCGACGGCUCAACGCCAGCCGACAUCGCCAGUCAAGGCUAAAUCUACUCCGACAGCUUCCAGUGAGAAGGCAGCAGCGAAGCCGCCAGCCAUACCUCCUGCGAAAUCGCCGGCUCCGACGACCCCUGCUGUGGUGGCACCUCUACCUGGGACCGAUAUCGAAUUUGGACCUGGUGGACAAGGGCGGUUGGAGGUGCCCGGAUUGGAUCGCAGCAGCGUGCGGUGGCAGAAGCAACGCGAGCAUUUCCCCGUGCCCACUUCGAGUGUUAUCAAACUCCCAAAGGGGAAACCAAAGAACAUCCCCCAAAUUCAGUUUAAAUUUCCUUCGGAGUCGCCAAGUACUCGGACGAUUCGUGCGAAGAGGCUGGCAUUGAUCAAAGCGUCGUUUAAACGCUCCUGGAACGGAUACAAGGCACAUGCCUGGGGCCGGGAUGAACUGAAACCCGUCUACGGUGGUGCUCGGGACCCCUUCAUGGGAUGGGGGGCCACGCUGGUUGAUGGGCUGGAUACUCUCUGGAUCAUGGACAUGCGAAAGGAAUUUGCGGAAGCGGUGAAGGCCGUCGAGCGAAUUGACUUCAAAACUAGCCACCGGAAAGAUAUUCCGUUGUUCGAAACUGUUAUCCGUUAUCUGGGAGGCCUGCUUGGGGCGUACGAUAUCUCCGAAGGGAGGUUUCCAACUUUGGUCGACAAGGCAACUGAGCUCGCAGAAAUCCUGAUAGGUGCAUUUGACACGCCAAAUCGAAUGCCGCUUACCUAUUAUAUGUGGGCACCGACAUAUGCGUCACAGCCCCAUCGGGGAAGUACCCGAGUUGUUCUCGCUGAACUUGGCUCUCUAUCCAUGGAAUUCACCAGACUUGCGCAGUUGACCGGGGAAAAUAAGUAUUACGAUGCCAUUGCUAGGAUCACGAAUGAACUUGAGAAAUUUCAGCCUAAUACUACACUUCCGGGCUUAUGGCCCUCGCAUAUUGAUGUGUCUGGGUGCCAGAAAGCUGUCACACCCGCAAGUGGAAUUGAAGAGUCAGACGGUUCGGUGAAAAUGCCUCCAGUAAUACCCAAGCCCAACGUACCCCCAAAAGCCAUCUACAAACGGCAAGAGGCGGCUCCCAAGGCUGUGCAGGAUACGCAACCGGCGGUUUACGACUCACAGCCGAAGCCUGCCCAAAACGUCGAUCCACGUGGCCUAGAUGCAACUGACUGUGCAGAGCAAGGGCUCAGAUCACCGCCAUUCUCGCGAGUGGAUAGAUAUACGCUGGGUGCGCUAGCAGAUUCAACGUACGAAUACCUGCCGAAAAUGCAUCUCCUCAUUGGCGGCCUCAGUGACCAGUAUCGCAACAUGUAUAAAAUGGCAAUGGACACCGUCAGGAAUUAUAUGCUUUUCAGGCCAAUGUUACCGGAUAACCGUGACGUCUUGUUCCAUGCCGGAAUCACUUCAAGUGGGCCGCCAGAAAAGAAAUCAGACUUGAGUUACGAAUAUGAAGGUCACCACCUUGGGUGUUUUGCUGGCGGAAUGUUCGCACUCGGUGCAAAGCUCUUCGGGAUUGACGGCGAUAUGGAUUUGGCCGCAAAAUUGACUGAAGGGUGUGUCUGGGCAUACAAUGCCACCAAGACGGGUGUUAUGCCCGAAAGCUUUGAGGUUCUCCCCUGCGAUGAUCCUGCACACUGCGAGUGGAAUGUGACGCGAUACUAUGACAAGCUCGACCCUUAUGAAGAAGAAAGAAAGCUCCGAGUGCAGACAUGGCUUGAACAAAAGGCUGAACUGGAAAAGGCCGAAAAGGCAGCGAAAGACAAGGAAAGGAUGGCACCCGUAGCCGAAGCAACUGCGGAACUCCCAAUAGCCACUGGGCCGAUUAUACUUACCAAACGGCACAACGCCAUGCCAGAUGACCCUUCACGCAUCGACGGCAUGGACAAUCCAUUCCCCGAUUUCCUCGGACCCAAGCCCACUUUUUCUCCGCACAAGGAAUAUGCGGAACAGCGGCUCAAAGAGGAACGUAUUCCGUUUGGAAUGACCGAUAUCAUGUCGCGCAAAUAUAUUCUCCGACCAGAAGCUAUUGAGUCAGUAUUCUACAUGUACCGAACCACAGGCGAUGAGUCAUGGAGAGAAAAAGGUUGGGCUAUGUUCCAGGCGGUCGAGCUGGCCACGAGGACCGAGCUCGGUAGUUCCGCGAUCAAGGACGUUAUGAGUGACGUGCCAAUGCCUCUGAAUGAAAUGGAAUCUUUCUGGCUUGGGGAAACGCUAAAGUACUUUUACCUCCUUUUCAGUGAUCCUGAAGAAAUCAGCUUGGAUGAAUAUGUUUUCAACACUGAGGCGCAUCCUUUCAAGCUCCCGUUGAACUAUAAACCCUCUUGA